GCGAGCACGUAGUAUUUUGUAUUUCCGGGUUCGAUGAAAAGAGCCCACACUCCGUGAGCGUGUUAUCCGUGUUGCGACAUCUCCCUCAGUCUCGACGCCCACGGACACGCUCACGACGAGGGUCACGGCGGACUCACGCUGCCGAGCCGCCAUGCUCACUCGAGUGAAAUCGGCGGUGGCCACCUUCAUGGGGGGCGUGAUAACCUCCCGCGGCGGCAGCGACCGCGACCACCCCUCCGGCGCUUCUGAGGUGGCUCCUAAAUUCCCGUACGGCAGACCGGAGUUCCUGGCACUGUCGCCGGAUGAGGUGGAGUGCUCGGCGGAUCACUCGGCGAGGCCCAUCGUCAUCGUGAAGGAGAGCAAGCGGCUUCCCUGGUCCACCGGCUAUGCGGAGGCGAUCAAUGCAGGAAAGAGCACUUUAAAUGAGGAUCAGGCCUGCUGCGAGGUGCUGGCGGUCAAGCGAAAACCGCCAGGAAGCUCCGCCAUGUCCAACUGGGGCCCCGCCGCCCAAAGGAGGUCAUCCCUGCCCAACGGCGAGGGACUGGGCCUCAGGGAAGGCCUGGCCAACUCCGACAACCUCACUUUCCACUACUGGGGCCUGUUUGACGGUCACGCCGGCUGCGGGGCAGCCGUGGUGGCGUCGCGUCUCCUCCACCACCACAUCGCGCUGCACCUUCAGGAGGUGAUGGACAUCCUGUGCGUGCCGGACCUCCAGCCGCCCACCUGCUUGAGCGAGGAGCCCAUCCGCUGGCACCACCAGCACCUCAAUCCCACGUCGAACUCUCGCGCCCUCACCAGGGGUGCUUCCCUACGGGGAGCCGCCGGUGCGCCCGGGUCGCCGAGCACCCCGCCCACGCGCUACUUCGCAGAGAAGAAAGUGUCGCACGAGAGCCUGGUCGUCGGCGCCAUUGAGAACGCGUUCAAAGACAUGGAUGCCCAGAUAGAAAAGGAGCGGACAGUCUACAACACGUCUGGAGGUUGCACUGCUCUGGUGGUGCUCUACAUGCUCGGCAAGCUCUACGUGGGCAACGCGGGUGACAGCAGAGCUGUCAUCAUCCGGGGAGGCGAGGUCAUCCCAAUGUCAAGAGAGUUCACGCCGGAGUCGGAGAGGCAACGACUGCAGUUCCUGGCCUACAUGCAGCCGCACUUAUUAGGAAAUGAGUUUACACAUCUGGAGUUCCCGAGGAGAGUGCAGAGGAAGGAGGUUGGGAAGAGGAUGCUGUACCGUGACUUCACUAUGUCAGGAUGGGCUUAUAAAACCAUUGAGGAUGACGACCUCAAGUUUCCUCUCAUCUACGGUGAAGGGAAAAAGGCUCGGGUGCUAGCGACCAUCGGCGUCACCAGAGGCCUUGGCGACCACAAUCUCAAAGUGCACGACUCCAACAUCUACAUCAAACCUUUUCUCUCCUGCUGUCCAGAGGUCAAAGUUUACCCGUUGUCGCAGUACGAACACGGCGCCGACGACGUCCUGGUCGUGGGAACCGACGGCCUGUGGGACGUCCUUUCCAACCAGGAAAUGGCAGAGGCCGUCACCUCCUUCCUGGCCAACUGCGACCCCGACGACCAACAUAGGUACACUCUGGCUGCCCAGGAAUUGGUCAUGCGAGCUCGCGGCGUGCUCAAAGACGGAAGCUGGAGGAUCUCCGGGGACAGGCUGGGCUCCGGAGACGACAUUUCGGUCUACGUCAUCCCCCUCGCGCACUGCGACGCCCUCUACUAGUGAGCGCAAAGCACGCCGGGCCACCGUGACUUGUUUUCAAGGCUGCAGGGAACCCUCGUUCAGGAGUUUUGGACUUCAUCAUCAGAGGUUUUCCCACCACACUUUUUGCCAGUGUUUUAAUAAUUCUUGGACAGCGAUUAUGAACUGAACAGGUGAAAAUGUACGCGUCCUCUCAAACAAGCGAGGUUGUCUCUGGAGUCAUAGUUGACCAGAUACUUGAAGAGUAGAAUCAAGCCAAUAGUUUCAUUUAUUUUGUAUUAUUGUUACAUUUAAAAAAAUAUAUGUAUAAUUUCUUAUACAAAACGCACAGCUGUUUGUAGAAGGUAUUUUGAAUACUGUAACUAAAUUUGUUAAAAUGUGAACUAAUGUUUGGUUUUCCACCACUUCCAUUCUCUACUUUGUGCAUUUUUCAUGUUUUGUAAAUAAUGGUUGACGAUGUCUUUUCAUGCCUGUGAAUUUUGUAUGUCUUGAUGUUAUUUGUGAGGGGGGGAGUUUUGUCCAGUUUCCAAGAAUUUCAAACGUUGCCCUUUCUAAAAUUGUGACAUUUUAAUCGUCCGUGACUGAAGCGUCAGAGUAGACUAAGGCAAACGGUUUAGCCACUUUCCAGAGCAGGGCACUUUUGAAUCUUGAUUUAGGCGAACGUGUGAGAGUCCUCUUCUUGAAAGGCGUAAAAAAAAAAAAAAAAAAAGUCUAAGAUAUGAAAGAGUCCAUUUGAACAUAAACUUCAUGAUGCAUGCCUGCAUAAUGGAUCCUUUUAAUCUCUCUCUCCCAUAGGCAAGCAUUCGUUUAUCAAUCCAACAUACAUGUUUUUGGAAUGUUGGAAGAAGUUGAAGUCGCUGACCAAAAUCCACAAAGGCGCAGGGAGAACAUUCAAAGCUUGCACGGAAGGUCAGACAAAAUGCAAACGCGGAGCCUCAGAACGAAGAAGCAGAGGUGCUCGCCCGCUGUGCAUGCUACAAUAGAAUAGGCCGUGGGA